ACGCUACGGAUGUUCAACUCCAUUCCCUGGCCUCAUGUUUACUUUCUAGACCUGCCACUCUCAGCGCUUUUUGGUUUUGAUGUUACUACCAUAUAUUCCAAGCUUCAUUAUGAAACUGAUGCAUCUCAAAUUAGUGUUUUAUAGCUUAGUGCCUUCCAUUCUUUGAAGGAAGAUAAUUUCAUACUUACUUAUCUGUGUGCUUCCCUUGUUUAGUUAACGUACUACGAAAACCAGACAAAAAAUGUUCUCCUUCCCAGCUCAGUCUUUGUUGCUAUUAUGAUGUAGCUUUUUCUUUCUUACUAUAAGAUGGAGUGAUUGUACAUCUGCCUCUUUUUUGUGCAACUCUAGAGGAGAGAAAAUGAGCAGGCCAGGAGACUGGAAUUGCAGGUCAUGCCAAUACCUGAACUUCCAAAGAAGGGACUCAUGCCAGCGCUGUGGAGAACCAAGACCCGGUGAGAGAGGUGACUAUGGAAGCUUGGGUAGCAGGGGUGGCUCGUCAUUCGGGUUCACUGGCCCUGAUGUUAGGCCUGGUGACUGGUACUGCACAGUGGGGAACUGCGGAGCUCACAACUUUGCUAGCCGAUCAAGCUGUUUCAAGUGUGGUGCAGCCAAAGAUGAAUCGUCGGGAGGAUUUGAAGGUGACAUGCCAAGAAUGAGGGGUUAUGGCUUUGGCAGUGGCAGCUCUAGUCGCUCUAGCUGGAAAUCUGGGGACUGGAUUUGCACCAGGUCGGGAUGCAAUGAGCACAACUUUGCCAGCAGGAUGGAAUGUUUCAGAUGCAAUGCACCAAGAGACUCCGGCAACAAAUCUUCAUACUAAUAGAUUUUUCAUUUUUGGGUACUGCAGUUUCAGGAGCGAGUGAGACAAGACAAUCUCAGUUGUUCACUCUUUUGGCUCCUAUCUAUCUCUCUCUCUCUUUUUCUUUUGUUUUUUUUUUCUUCCUCCUUUAGAUAUUACUUAUCUCUUUUCCUCUGCCAGGAUCUUUAGAUGAAUCGUGUUUGAAGACUUCGGUUGAAAUUGAGCUAAAUUAUCUAGCAUUUUGUCAGCUUUCUUAUAUCAAAGUAUAGGCAUGUACUUGUAUGGUAUCAAUCUUAUAUCAGUGUCUUUGUGCCCCUCUCUCUUUCUUUCU